CACAGUUAAUGUGUCUCUUUCAGAGAGAGGAAGGUUGUACAUUUCUUUGUGCUAGAUUAACGAGUGACCAUCUCAAAUCGUCAGCAGCUGAUACAGUGGUGUUUCUCUUUUUGUUUGCUUUAUUUUAUGACUGGAUUGCGCAUUAUAUAUGUUCGAAAUAUCAUUUCCCUCGGUUUUCAAGUUAAAGGAAUUCAGAUCAUUGGAUUGAUACAACUAGCGGAUCCGUAAAUUUGGAUAAUUAUUUAUUUUUUAAUUAUUGUUUAGGGAAAAAAAUCGUAAUCAAAAGAUGAAACAGAGGAAUCACAACGAUAUAUUUUUAGAAAGUUAAAUUUUGUUGGUACGCGGAAGUACUUUUCAAGCAUCAAUACUAAAAAUAUGGCAGAAAUAUCUGAAAACUUACGGAAUAUAUUAAAAGCAGCAGUAUUUUAAAGAAAUAGGAUAUAAUUUAGGUACCCAUGAUGCAAUGCAAAUCUGUUUCAAUUAUCUUAAAAUGCUCAAAAUCUGAACAUUAAAUUAUAACAUUUUAAUCGAUGCAGUGACAACAGAAGAACUGUGCUUUAAUAACAGUUGUUACAAUAAUAAAUUUCGAAUCUGUCAGCAAAGGGAAGUUGCGGUUACAGGUUUGCCUAUAUAUUGAAUGAAAAUCAACCAUUUCAAAUCAGUUCUACACUUUGCUGGAAUUUCGUAGAAAUUCAGAAAUCGAAAGCGUUUUGUUGUUUUUUAUAGUGUAACUGAGGAAAGGUAGAAUUCACAAUAAAUUUUCGUAUUUCAUAAGUGAUAUUUUGUAAGUACUCUUAAACUUUGAUAUCGUCUAUCGAUGGAAGUCUGCAUUUCAAUGGAAUAUAUGACUAAAAUACUGUAAACCGUAGGGCAAGAAAAAUUUCUGAAACUGGAAGGUUAUUUUUCUUUAGAUAUUGAUUCCUCUCGUAAUAUUUAAAUAAAAUUUCUCAGCGAAACAUCCUACGGAACUGGAAAAGAAAUAAUCUAUAAGAAUUCAACAUAGGGAAAUUACGGAACAAAAGGCCUGAUCCAUAUCCAGCAAUCAUUGAGUUAAAAUGGCAAAAGAAACCUUUCAGAAUUUUUUUCAGUUUUGCCAAAAAUUAUUUUUCGAAAGUAGUAUUUAAAAAAGUUGACUUUGGAGUAAAUAUUUAAAUCAGUAACGAAACAAAACACACAAAAGUGUAAUAAGAUGACUUCUACUCGAACAGAACCAAAGAAUCUAAAACUGAAAGUUGGAUCUACUUCAAUCGAAACUGUGCUAUCCUAGAGAAUUGAAACUGAAAUCUAAGGGCAACUUUCUCUGGGAGCUGUUGAGAAAUGAAGUAGCGGCUGUGAUAGAACUACAGGAGCCCCCUAGAGCAGGGAACAUCGUCUGCGGUUGUUCUAAAGUGACCUCCCUCCUCGUGCCGUCGGCAUACCAAGAGGAGAACCUUCCGGCGCACUUCUCCUUCCUGGAGUGGGCUAAUUGGAGGGUCGACCCUCCACGACUGGAGAGCAGAGGAGGGGGGCCGGCAGCCCCCCAUCAGGCCCCGGCGAGAGAGUGUCGGGGGGGAGCGGGGUCGAUCCGCGGCCGAUGCCGGUGAUCAGCGUGGGGGAGUACCAGCCCCCCGUGCCGCACCUGUGCGGAGGCUGCGGGGGCAAGAUUGCGGACAGAUACUACCUGCUGGCCGUGGACAGGCAGUGGCACGUGCGCUGCCUCACGUGCUGCGAGUGUAAAGUGCAGCUGGACUCGGAACUUACAUGUUUCUCCAGGGAUGGAAAUAUCUACUGCAAGGAUGAUUAUUACCGGUUAUUUGCGGUGAAGAGAUGUGCCCGCUGCCAACGUGGUAUCUUUGCCAACGAGCUGGUGAUGCGGGCUAGGGACCUGGUGUACCAUCUGCACUGUUUCACGUGUGCCUGGUGCAACACAGCGCUGACGCAGGGCGACUAUUUUGGCCUGCGAGACAACCUUGUGUAUUGCAGGGUACACUACGAGCUCAUGUUACACGGAGAGAACUUCCUACCAAACGGUGAAGGUGGACCCCUUCUGCCAAGGUAUCCGGGUGUCACUUUGUUGCAUCCAAGCCACGAGCCCGCCAACAGUCCUCCCGCAGGGGCAUUUGCUUCUUUCUCGGGAGCAACAGGGGCAGUGAGGAAGGGGCGCCCUCGUAAAAGGAAGACAACGGAUGCUGUAGUCAGAGAAGGCUUGCUGUCGCAAACGCUAAUGAUGGAGGCGGCGGAUGGUUGUAAUCUCCAUCUCUCCUCUCUCGACUCCAACUCUGGCACCUCCACAGGCCUCAACCCCACAGGCCCUCAGCGAACGAAGCGCAUGCGCACUUCUUUCAAGCAUCACCAGCUGAGGACGAUGAAAUCCUAUUUUGCCAUCAACCAGAAUCCCGAUGCCAAAGACCUGAAGCAGCUUGCCCAGAAGACGGGGUUGUCCAAGAGGGUGCUCCAGGUAUGGUUUCAGAACGCCCGAGCCAAGUGGCGUCGGAACAAUCUGAGGCAGGUGGAUCACCAGCCCGGCAGCCAGAGUUCCCAGAAUCCUCAGCAAUCCUCGCAGCCUCCACACGUGAGCAGUCCGGGCGCAACCAGUUCCUUCUCCGAGCCCAGCCCGUGCGGGGGCGGAUCCGGCAUGGGUGUGGAGCCUCCCCACGCCUCUUCACUGCCGCCGCCCGCAGCCCCAAGCGUCCUGGAUUAUGAGGGCAAUCCCGGUAUGACGUCACUAGUCCCCCGCCAUGUCUCGCCCGGCGGCGAGUCUUUGCCUUUGACAUCAUUCCAAGAACUCUUCUAGCCUGCUGUAUGGCGUGUGUGUGUGUGCUGUUAACUCAUCAUAGAAUUGUUGCCAUUUUGUGAUAACUUCAAACAGUAAUUUUUUACUGAGAAAAAGAAACUGAAUCCAACAGAACUCAUGUAUGUAUAAUUUACACAGAAUGUUACGAUUUUUCUGAUCUCAUGCCGGAUGUAAAUUUAUGAAAGACUAUUAUCAACGACAAAAGAGCUAAAAUGAAAGCCCGUAACAUAUGCGACCCCAACGAUGAGUUGCCAUUUUGGAUGAUCUAAUAUUUUAUACGAAUGAGAAUUUCUCUAUGAACGUGUCAAGCAGUCUUAUGUGAUCUGACUCUUUAUCGCAUCGAAGUGCAUAAAAAUCUAACUAAAUCGAGACAGUCAUAUAACUAUUUUACCAGCGUUUUGUUCACGUUCGAAAAAGAGCAUCAUGAAAUGUUGAUUAUACAAAAGAGACUUGGAGUCCUCAAUUUUUCCAGUAUGUGACGUAAAAGAUAAGCACUUUGAAAUGAAUUAUAUUAAAAGCUACAAAAGAUUUUUGAGAUUAUCAGUAUCUAAUUUAUCACUGCUUUAUAGCUUGGAUUUAAGAAUUUUGAAAUAUUCUAUUAUAGAGGAGAAAUCCGAAUUAAAAUAAUCGUGAUUAGAUUAUAUAUAUGUAAUAACAAAUGGCACAGUUUUCAAGAAUUGAGGUAAUAACGUCUGAAUCGAAAUAAUGAAUUAUUUACGAAUUAAAUUACUAGUAGAGGUUUCAUUAUUAUUAAGCAAAGCUCUUCGAAGAGAAUAUGUGUAUCAGAUUAUUUUGAAAUGCUUCCAGCUUGACUCUAAAGUUAACAUCAGUUUACAGUUAAAUUUUUACAUAAUUUUUAUAAUAAGCUGAAAUUAUUGAGAUUUUUUUUUAACUUGCAUAGAAUGUUUGCUGUUUAUGUAAACCACAACUAAAUCUCCUUAAAAGUUCCAAAACGAUAUAAAGUUUAAACGUAAAUAAAAUAAUUAUUACUAUUUUUAUAAUAAUUAUUAUUUCGUGUGUGUGUAUGUUUAAACCUUUGAUACUAACUAGAAAAGGAAAACGGCAUUAUUAUAAAAAUGCAGGUGCUUUCCACAAUGAAAAAAUGUUAUAGUGAAUAUCAGCAGUAUAAGUAAAAGAUGUUUGCACAAGUGUGUAUAAACCAUUUCUGUACUCUACUAAAAAUGUAUAAUUAAAAUUACUUAUACAUUUUGGAAACAAUAUUCCACCUCAGAACGGUUUACUUUGCGGUCUUUAAAACCUUAUGCUUUCAGAAAGCUCAUAAAAGAAUAUAGAACUUGAACUGUAAAUGUAAGAAAACUUGUAACUUUAUUUGUUUGAGGAACAGAAAUGUAUUGUACAAAAUAAUUGUAACUGUAAUUGCACUGUAAGUAAUUUUUACAACAAGCAAAAUUUCUAAAAGUAAAAUAAAUAAAACAAACGUUGUAAGUAUUUAAAAUUAUAAAAGUAAAAAAAAAGUCUGAAAGCUUUCAGAUUUUGUAUUUCUUCCAAGGGGCGCU